AUGGAACUUAACAAAAAUUUUACACUUUCUCCUUCUGCUCCUCUUGCAGUUAUCUAUCCAACAGCUCAAGAUUUAGCUGUUCCUAAAUCUAAAAAGCGUAGUCGUCAUUUUUUACUCCUUUUAUUUAUAUUAACAAGUAUUGCAUUAUCGGCAGCAACCUUAGGAAUAAUAAUAAAGACUAAAAAUAAUAAUGUAUUCGCUAGCAGUAUGACCAACGCAUCUGUUAUCAACAUCAGCAAUGGAGAAGUCAAAACGACAACAACAACUAGUUAUGCAAAAUCAUUAGUGGAUUUAGUAACAACAGAACAAAUAAUGAAUUAUUUAAAACAAUUACAAAUUAUAGCUAAUAAAGCCGAUGGUACACGAGCAACAGGAACAAUCGGGUUUAAUAAUACAGUCGAUUACAUUCAUAAUUAUCUUGUACAAAAUACAGAUUUACAAGUUCAACGACAAUAUUUUAAUGUUGCAAGUUUUACACUAGAACAUAAUCCAAUAUUUGUUUCAUAUAUCAACGAUAUAAAAACAAAUUAUACCUACGAAACGGACUUUUUGCAUCUAGUACACUCAGCCAGUGCAAAUUUAAUAACUCCUGUUCGUGUAACAAACAUUCCUAAUUUUGGUUGUGAGAGUAGCGACUGGCAGAAAGCAUAUCCUUAUCCAGCCGAUGGGAGUGUAACUUUAGUUAAACGAGGUAUAUGUUCAUUUAUUGAUAAAAGUGAUUUAGCAGUUGAACAUAAGGCAGUUGCUCUUCUAUUGUAUAAUGAUGGAAAUAUUGGCUCUGAACGAUUUCAACCAAUUUCUGGUACUUUAGUAGAAGGAACAACAAUACCUGUUCUUUUUUUAUCCUAUGAAGUUGGUCGAAAAUUAACUGAAGCAGUAGUAAACAUUUCAACGAAUGUGAGUGUACAAAUUAACAUGACAGUUAAAGAUGAACCAUUCCAAUCUAUCGCUAAUUUGUGUGCAGAUACACCGACAGGUGAUAAAACAAAAACAAUUGUGGUAGGCAGUCAUAGUGACGGAGUUCUUGAUGGGAGUGGAAUAAAUGAUAACGGAACUGAUAAUACAACUGAAAUUGGUGAACGUCUUCAGGAUUAUAUUGUCUAUCUUAAUUUUGAUAUGUUAGGUUCACCAAAUUUUAUUUUCGGUGUCCAAGAUGGUGAAACAGCUAACCAAACUACAAUUCCAUCUCGUGCCGUACCUGGGAGCGUUAAAUUAACCCAGUUAUUUAGCAAUUUCUUUAAAGAAAAUAAUUUACCAUGGACAAAAACUGAAUUUGACGGUCUAAGUGACGAUGCGUCAUUUUUAGCUGUUGGUAUUGCCACCGGUGGACUGUUCAGUGGUGCAGAUGAAAUAAAAUUUGAAGCAGAACGUGAUUAUUAUCAUGAAAUAUUAGGUGAAGAACAAAGUGGUGGUAUUGCGAAUAUUGCACAUGAUCCAUGUUAUCAUGAACAAUGCGAUACUGUACAAAAUAUAAAUACGUUUGCUUAUACAAAAAUGGUAAAAGCAGCUGCAUAUGUUUUAGAAUAUUUAGGACAAUUAGAUGAUUUACAACAAUGGUUAUAUCUUCCUUCUCAACAAGUAAGAAAUUUAACUCCACCUUAUAAUUCUAAUACACGAAAGCGUUUUCUACUGAAACAAUUUUACAAAAAAGAUGAUAUAUAA